UUUACUUUCGGUUUCGCAAUGGUAGAAUGAUUGCAAAGCCUUUGUGAAAUAAUUGUAUCCUGGUAAAACAGUUAUAUAAAUAAAAAGUAAAGCGACUGUUGAAAAAACCCCAACUGAAUGUAUGCAUGGGAUCCCCUUGAAAGUCGGGUAGAAAAAUACGUCAAGUCACUUAAAUAAGCAUCAUUGGAACAAUGGAGAACAAGAAUAUGAGAGAUCACCAGCAAGAAAAGAGAGAUGAUGUAUCAGGACAGAUUGAUAACCAAGUCAGUAAUAUUGGCAGUAGAUCAGAAGGAUAUUUUGACACGCAAAAUGAAAGGCAAGAGAAUGAUAACACUGUUAAAAUGGAAAGACAGCCACCCCCUCAGGUUGAUAAAGAAAGACAGCAAGAAGGGACAGGUACUGUUUCAGGCAUACCAGUAAACGAAAAGGAAAGUAGAAAUACUGGAAUUACGUCUGACAGGGAUGUGGAGUUUAAAGCUGAUGACCCUGAAACUGAUGGGAUCAAAGAUGAUAAUGCUUCAGGUAGUAAGGAGGAACGAGAUAAGAACAAUUUAGGUGGAAACGAUUACUCACAUGCAGUAGAAGUAGAUAAUGUAAGGAUAUCAAUGCCUGGUAAUUUGAAUAUUAUUGACGAGACACAAGAUAGAGAUGUAUAUGAAAACAGGACACAAAGCAUGAUACCUAAACAUGAUGCCAGUCAGAAUGUUGGCACUUCUGACAAUAAGCCUGAAGAUGACAAAUCACAGGACCAAUUUGACCGUGAGCCACGUAACUCUGAAGGUAGAGAAAAUAGGGAAAAUGCAUAUUUAUCUCCAGCUCAAAACGAAAAUCAAAAUGAAAAUAAUGCAGUAGAUAUGAAUAAGCAAGAAGCUCUUGCAAAGAUAAGACGGGGACAAACCUAUGAUGAAGAGGAAGACUCUGAAACUGUUACAGAGAAUUGGAUAGAUAAUGAAGCUUAUGACAGGGCACGAGAGAAAUAUGUUUAUUUCUGGAAGAGUCAGUCUAUUUACAGUCAGUGGCAUAAGUCUUGGUUUUAUGUUGAUGACGAGAAAUUUAAUUGCGCGGAACAGUUCAUGAUGUUCAAAAAAGCAGUUUUAUUUGGUGAUGAUGAAAUUGCUGGUGAAAUACUGCGAUGUAAAGACCCAAAAAAAAUAAAAGCUCUUGGACGAGAAGUUAGAGGAUUUGACCCUCAUAAAUGGCAACAGAAUUGCUUAUACAUUGUCAGAAAAGGCAACAAGGCCAAGUUUACACAGAACGAAGGCUUUCUUGCUGAUAUUCUCAUCACAUACCCAAAAGUAUUAGUUGAAGCGAGUCCAUUUGACAGUAUAUGGGGUAUAGGACUUGAUGAAGAUUCACCAGAUGCAUGGGAUGAAAAUACGUGGCGGGGGACAAAUUAUUUAGGAUACGUUCUAACUGAAGUGAGAGAUGACAUCAUGGUAGAACGAGGAAUGAUAGAUGAAGAAGAUAGAGAAAGAUAUAUUGAAAAAAUGAUGGUGGCUGCAGAUCUUCCUAUAGAUGCCAGUGAAACUGACAGACACGCACAGAGUCGCGAGAGCAUUGAAAAUCAGGAGACUAAAGAAGAAACAUAUUUCUUAUUUUCUGGUGGUAUCUACAGUCAGUUCUAUGAAACCUACUUUAAAAUUGAUGGAGUAGAAUUUAGUUGUGCAGAACAGUACAUGAUGUACAAGAAAGCAGUUUUGUUUGAGGAUUAUGAAAUUUCAAAGGAGAUUUUAAAGAGGACUAUUCCCAAAGAGAUUAAACAUCUGGGAAGACAAGUGAGGGGAUUCAAUGAUGAGACAUGGCAUCAGCAUUGUCUUCAUUUCGUGAAAGAAGGAAACAUGGCUAAGUUUUCACAAAACGAGAAGUUGAAGAAAGCAAUUGUUACAACUUAUCCUAAGGUAUUUGUAGAGGCAAAUCCUUACGAUAAGAUAUGGGGAAUUGGACUUAAAAUUCAAGACAAAAGAGCGCGAAACAAGCUCAUGUGGCAUGGGAAGAAUUUUCUGGGAUAUGUUUUGACAGAAGUACGUGAUGAGCUUAUGUGUCAAUGGGGAUUGCUUAAGAAAGAAAAGAAGUUGACAUACAUUGAUAAGCUGAAGGAAGAUUGGGGUACAUCUGUUGAUGAUGGAUCGCGUGGCGUAAACGUUAGCAGUAGACAGACUGACCACAAUUAUGACCAUUCUAGUAAAAAUAAAGAACGUAACAAGACAGUCACAGAUGAUAAACAGAGUCAAAAUGCCCGAGGGAAUAAAGGUAAAAACGGUGCCAAGGAAAAGACCUCGCACAACAAUUACCACCAAAAACAUGGCCAUGCGACACAUGACAACCACGACAAGACUCCUAGCAAUUACCACAAUGCACCAGUCCACAAACACAAAACACAUUCAGAUAAGGCAGGGGAGAAAAAGGAAAACAGAAGUAAUGGAAAUACAUCAUCAUUGAGUGAUGAUGUUCCAAAUGUGGAAAGCAAGGACUGGGAACAUGUGGUAUCUAAGAAAAAGCGAAACGAAAAAGAAAUGAAUAUACCAGAAACAGACGAGAGAAAACAACGGUCAGCUAUGCCUAAGGAGAGAGAUAACAAACACACCAAAAAAAGUGAUCAAUCAGGUCAUGCAGUCAAAACAGAUAGAAAGACUGAGAAACAGAGCGUGAUUAUUGAAGACUUUGAUAUAAAUGAAAUGAUAGGUCGAUUGGCAGAAAAGGAUCAUGUGGAAGCAUCCCCAAGUCCACCAGCAAAGGAUACGGGAAAAGGGAAACGAGGUAAACAUCAUGAAGCACAUUCUGAGGAAGUUCAAAAAGCUGAGACUGAUAAGACGGAGAGUAAUCCUGACCAUGUAAAGUCAAGAAGAAAGAGGAAGAAUUUAAAGAAACAAAAAUGACUAGGGCUUUGUAGUUGUUUUAGAUAGUAAUAUUUCCAGAUUAUUUGCAGUACAAUAGACAUUUAUAACAGACCAUAAUGUGUCAUUUUAUCAGAAUGUUUGUUUAUAUUAUAGGCAAUUUUGAGUUUAA